AUGUCAAGUUUUUUCUCUAGUAGAGACAAUGCAGCUGUGGAGGAUCUUCUUUCACAAGCUAAAGAUGCUUACGUUCUUGAACAAGUCGCCAAAAUCAACUGCGCUGGUUUCUCCGACGAUUCUGUUCUUCCCUCUAAUCUCGAAACCCGUUUACGUCGUCUCAAGUCUCUUCCGGUUUCUUCUUCCUCAAGUAAGCUUCUCUCUACCUCCAAGAGCAUGGAAAGUUACCUUGGGAAGAAGAACCGUGCAGGAAACGUUUCCUCUGUUUCUGCUUUUUCCAAGUCUUCUUGUCCUUUGGAUUCAUCUGUCCAGGAAACACGGAUAUUUUCGGGUACCAAACGUACUCCGAGUGUGAGUUCACGAAGUGAGCUUGGAGAAUCCUCAGGUUCUAGGAGAACCGGUUCGAGUAGUUCAUCGAGAUUCCCUCGUGGAAACGUGUCCUCUGUCGGUUCGAGUUCAUUAAGAUAUUCUCGACAAGGUAAUGUUUUGACUCCAACAACACAAACCCUAAAACUUGUUCCUAAAGAAAAAUCAAGAUUCAGUUCACAUUCAUUCAAUUCCUCCACUGAGUUAGCUUCACCAUCAUCUGAUCAAGACCAAAAAGAAGGAACGAACCGGAAAUCGAAAUUGAAAUUGAAUACCAAGUUUUUAUAUUCAUGGUUUGAUAAGUUAUCUCCAACACAAGCCAUGGGUUGCUUAAGACAUACUCCAAACAAAUCAUCACCAAACAGCAAAAUAAAGACAUCGGAGAGCAGCAACAAAGAAGUGUAUUCGGAAUUGGAAGAAGAAUUGAGAAAGGAGCGGGAGUCAUGCAAAGACACGGAGCGGGUGAUACGAAAAGCAAAGAAAGCCCUCAAGAGGGUAAGGAGGUUGAGCUCUGAAUCCAAAUUUGAUCAACUACUAGGAAUGUUGUUUUGA